CUUUAGGAGUCGUAGAGUAAUAUACAUUGUCACGAUUAGACUAACGUAGAUCAUGUUGAUGUACCUACUUCUGUUUUUUGGAGCGUACGCGGUCGCCACGGAUACCAGUUCCUUGGAUUCCCUGGAGAACAGAAUGGCGAUGCUGGAGAAACAAGGAACUGAACAGAAAGCGUUGAUAGAAGUCCAGACUCUUGCGAUGGAGCGACAGGACGCACGUAUCCGGUCGCUGGAGGCAGACGUCAAGAGGCUUCAAACGUUUGCUGGCGAAAAGCAAGCAGAAUUGGAAACGAGUCAGAGGUCGAAGCGGUUUGUAGUUGACAACAUGGAAACGGCUGCUUUCCACGCGGUGAUUACGGGUGGGCAGGUGAGCCAUAACCAUAUCAGUCAAGGCCUUGUAUUUCCAUCAGUCACCCUGAACGCUGGAGGCGGCUAUGACGCGACCACGGGGGUGUUUACGUGCCCAAUGAACGGUAUCUAUGUCUUCUCAACAUCAAUUAUGGCCAUUUCAAGCGCGCAGCCUUCGGCGAAUGUAAACGUCCACGUCGAUAUUAUGAAAAACGGAGUGGAGAUCGGGGCUGCGUUUGCGAGUGGGUCAUCGGGUGCUAUGGAGCAGGGAUCCGUCAGCGUCGCCGUCAAUCUCGUGACUGGGGACCGAGUACACGUGGCGUUUCAGCGACAUGAAGACGUUCACAUCUGGGGCGACAGACUCACAAGUUUCAUGGGUGCUCUUGUAACGCCGUUAUAAUGCUUGACUUAUGCUUGCUGACAUCAUAAUUAGAUAAAUCGUUCUAACUGGAA